AUGGGGAGCCAGCCGCCGUGCCUUUACUUCCUCUUCCAGACAAAGUCAGCACCAUUUAAAGCAGUGGCUCUCAACCUUAGCUGCACACUGGAGUCACCUGAGAAGUUUGAACAACAGCUCAUGGCUGAGUUCCAUCCCUCUGGGUUUCUGAUUUUAUUGGUCCUGGGCGCAGACUGGGUUAAGGCAGCCAUUAUUCCUCAGCAACAGGACUCCUCUGAUCAGGUGGAAAGAAUGUCCAGCUUAGUUCCUGGAAGAAUGCGUCUAUGUCCUUCACAGAGCUCUCCUCGGAGGUUGCCUAAAAGUGUACCUCAGAACGUGACUGUGUUUGGCGAUAAGGCUUUGAAGAGGUUGAUGAAGUUAAACGAGGCCAUUAGGAGAGGAAAGAACCAGCAGGUGGGUGAGAGUUUGGAAGCAGGAGAAAGAACCUGCUCCCAGAAGUUAGAGGGGAUGGUCUUCCUGAAAACCUCCAAGAGACGAGGAGAGGCCAGAGGGCGGGGAUAUGUCUCCAGGGAAGGGAAAGAGGUGGCCAUGCCUGAUGACCUCUCCUUUCCAGGAAUCCGACAUGUGGGAGCAGAGGAGAUGGUUGGACUGAUUCGGGAUUUGCUUUCAGGGUGGGCUCGGCAGGCUAUGGGAAAACCGAGGAGUCCACCUCCUCUCCUCCACGCCGGCCACCCGGCUUAUCCUGCCUGGCGCCAAGCCGCGGGGGCUGCGGUGUUUGCUGCAUUGCAGACCCUAAGCCCCCGCUUCACCAGAGCCGCGGGUUCAUUUGCUCAAUCUGAGCAGCCAUCGCAGAAUUCGACAUUUCUCUCACACCUUUUACCCAGGUUCCAAAGUCCAGAAUCUGCACUGCUUGCUGACGUGGGCGAUGAAGGCAGGGCCCCACCUAAUGGCCCUUUUGCAAACUGCCAAGAAACGGAUCGUGUGGCCAGAGUGCCCCUCAGUGGGAAGCGUCAGAGAUGGGGAAGAUUUCUGCCCUACACCGGCUGUCUGAAUGAACACAACAGUGGGCCAUGGGUUCGUCUUGGCACCAAACGUAAGGCGGUUCAACAUCAGGCCCUUGCCCUAAACAGCUCCCAGUGCCAAGAACUGGCAAAUUAUUACUUUGGUUUCAAUGGAUGGUCAAAAAGGAUCAUCAAGCUUCAGGAUCUUUCUGACCUUGAAGAAAGGGCAAAUGAAGAUACUGUGCCACCACUUCAGAAGCAGAGCCUGAAAUUCUUCUGUGCUUUAGAGGUGGUGUUGCCAUCCUAUGAGUGCCGGAGUCCCGGAGCUGGCAUGGCCGAGGAGACUUUGGAUGACCUGGAGGAAGGGCCAUUAUCAUUUCUUAUGAAAAGGAGGACAACCCAGAAGCUUGCUAUUCAGAAGGCUGUGUCAGAUGCAUUCCAGAAGCUGUUGAUUGUGAUUUUAGCCCAGAUGUUGGCCCCGCCUAAGGAGUUGACCGAGACUUUGGUUCCAUUCCUGGACACGGAUUCGGUUGGAGAACUACCCCCAGGGCCAGGUGAGGAUCUGAAUGACCAGCUAACCCAGCAUCAAAGGCUCCCAGAGGUGGUUCCAAUGCCAGGUUGGGAUCAGAAUCAGACCAUAGCUCCGCCUCCUCAACUCAAAAGUAAGACUAAAACUGUAGGUUUAGAUCAGGCCGAAGAUCACCAAUCAUUUGAAAUGCUUGUUCCAUCUCUGGAUAGUCAGAGUUCAAAGCCAACAAAGUUUAUUGCUUCACCCCUAAACUUGAAGGAAGAUCUAGCUCAGCAUCGAAGGCUUGCCAAAGUUGUUGGAACUCCAAACCAAUUUGCAAAUAAAGAGCACCUACAACAACAGCUGCAGGAUGAUUAUUUAGAUUCCAAUAUGGGUCUCCUAUAUCCUGAGGAGAACCUACCUAUGGGUUUCCCAGGGGGACCAGAUCAACUUCCAAACUUCUCUGAGGAGGCUGAAAUUCCUCCACCCUUGCAGAAGACCCCAAAUCAUCUAGAGUCCCCUGAGGAAGCUGAAUCUUUUUUGCCCCAAGGGGAGGCUCAGGCUCAGCAUCCAGAGCCCCCUGAAGAGACAGAAACAUCUCUACUUGAGCAGAAGGCUCCAUCUCAGCGUCCAGAGUCCCUUAAGGAUGGAAAUUCAGCAAACCCACAAGAGGCCCCAGCUGAGCCUUCAAGUACCCCUGAAGAGGUCGAACCUUCUUCAGUCCAGCAGGAGGCCUCAGCUCACCCUACAGAGGCCCCCGAGGAAGUGGAACCUUCUCCAACCCCCCAGGAGGCCCCUGCUCAGCCUCCAGAGCCAUCUAAGGACAUCAUAUCUCAACUGUUAGCACAUCAUGAAGUAAAUGUGCUAUCUCCAAGUCAGAGUGAAGCUCAGAAGCCAAGCUUCCCCAAUGUCACUGUUAAACCUCUGGAUCUUACCAUAACUCUAACUCAGCCUGCGGAGCACCCUGAGGAGGCUGGACCUACCCCAGUCCAGCAGGAGGCCCCCGCUCAGCCUGCAGAGCGCCUCGAGGAGGUUGAACCUACCCCAGUCCAGCAGGAGGCCCCAACUCUAGUUCCAGAGUUCCCUACAGCUCCUCCAAAGGACCUUGAGAAUCCACUACAGAGACUGAACCUUCUCUAA